AGUGUGUUGGGAUGUGGGAGACCAUGCGCUCCUAGCGGCCGCGCUGUUCACACCAAAACGCUCAAAGAGAGCGUGAGAGACGGAGAGAGAGAGGAGGAUGUUAAACUGUACUGUGACUGUACAUUUAUUGGGGCUAUAUUACCGGCUACGCACAUGGGGCUUUUGAAAGCCGGUUUUCUUAAGAAUAAAACAACUUUCUGGGGGGCGCGCGUGAAAGUUGAACACGGGUUUCCUGGUUGUCCUCGAGCGCAGACAUCCUCGCUGAAGAUUUGAAAGGUGCCUGAGACGCCUCUCAAGAAAAGCGUAGAUGUGCGUUUUUUGUUUUUGUUUUUAUUUCUUCAUUCUGGACUUUAAUUUCUGCCCCGAAAGACUCUGAAAAGCUCCGGCUCGUUAUACAGCAAAAAUUGCGGAUGAACUCACCGGACAAACUGGGAUAAUAUUUCCUCAAAGAGCCGAGAGUUUGGAGGCUGGAUGAGCAGCUCCGGGUGAACUACUAUUAAAUGGAUCCUCUCUGUGUUUGGACACUGAAACUGGCUUUUGUCAGUGAGUAGGACAGUGUUGGGUGCUGUCCAUCACUCCCAGAGCCGGUGGAGCGGACUUGAGCGCAGUCUUCACCUAUUUUUGCCCCCGCAGUGAAUUAGAGGAUUUGCGCGACCGCUGUGGAUUUUUUAAUAUGCAAGGAUGGGUCCGCUAGCGUUCAUCCUUGUUAGUGGAUUACUGUACUUUCAAGCUGAUGGAUCCCGUCUGCGCCAGGAGGACUCCCCGCCCCGGAUUGUGGAGCACCCCUCUGACCUGAUCGUAUCCAAAGGGGAGCCCGCCACUCUCAACUGUAAAGCGGAGGGGCGGCCCACCCCGACAGUGGAGUGGUACAAAGACGGAGAGCGGGUGGAAACGGACAAAGAUGACCCACGUUCACACCGCAUGCUGCUUCCGACAGGCUCGCUUUUCUUCCUGCGCAUCGUUCACGGACGACGGAGCAAACCCGACGAGGGAGCCUACGUCUGUGUGGCCCGGAACUACCUGGGAGAAGCCGUCAGCCGUAACGCGUCCCUGGAAGUAGCAUUGCUGCGAGAUGACUUCAGGCAGAAUCCUACUGAUGUGGUGGUGGCGGCAGGAGAGCCAGCAAUACUUGAAUGUGUCCCUCCCAGAGGUCAUCCUGAACCCACCAUCUACUGGAAGAAAGACAAAGUGCGAAUCGAUGACAAGGAAGACAGGGUCACUAUUCGAGGAGGAAAGCUCAUGAUCUCCAACACAAGAAAGACUGACGCUGGCAUGUACGUGUGUGUGGGCACCAACAUGGUUGGAGAACGGGACAGUGAGACGGCACAAGUAACAGUGUUUGAGCGACCAACCUUCCUUCGGAGGCCAAUCAACCAGGUGGUCCUCGAAGAGGAGACGGUUGAGUUUCGGUGCCAGGUACAAGGAGACCCCCAACCAAAUGUUCGCUGGAGGAAAGAUGACAUCGAUGUUCCUCGUGGGAGGUACGACAUCCGCUACGACAAGGACGACUAUAUGCUGAGAGUGAAGAAAGCCUCCAUUAGCGACGAGGGCACGUUCACCUGUGUGGCAGAAAACCGCGUGGGCAAGCUGGAGGCUUCGGCCACUCUCACAGUCAGAGCUCGCCCUGUUGCUCCACCCCAGUUUGUCAUCCGCCCACGGGAUCAGAUCGUGUCGCAAGGCCGCACUGCCACCUUCCCGUGUGAAGCCAAAGGAAAUCCCCAGCCGGCAGUUUUCUGGCAGAAGGAGGGGAGUCAGAUUCUGCUGUUCCCCAACCAGCCCCAGCAGCCCAACAGUCGCUUUUCCGUGUCGCCCGGCGGAGAGCUCACCAUCUCAUCUGUGCAGCGAGCAGAUGCCGGCUACUACAUUUGCCAGGCUCUGACCGUUGCGGGCAGCAUCCUCGCUAAGGCUCAACUGGAGGUCACAGAUGUUCUCACAGACAGACCCCCGCCUAUCAUCCGCCAAGGCCCGUCCAACCAGACCCUGGGGAUGGACAGUGUUGCGCUGCUGAAGUGUCAGGCAUCUGGAGACCCCAUCCCCUCCGUCAGCUGGCUGAAGGACGGGGUCAGUCUACUGGGAAAGGACUCCCGCAUGUCGCUCCAGGAGCUGGGCAGCCUGCAAAUCAAAAACAUCAAGCUCUCAGACUCGGGGAUCUACACGUGUGUGGCCACCAGCUCAAGCGGGGAAACGUCGUGGAGCGCUUUCUUGGAAGUCAAAGAAUCAUCGGCAGUGAUUGUCACAAAGAGCUAUGAUGAGAACGAGCUUCCAGGUCCUCCGUCUAAGCCCCAGGUCACCGACGUUACCAAGAACAGCGUGUCGUUGUCGUGGCAGCCCGGGAUGACCGGAGCCUCUCCUGUCUCUUCCUUUGUCAUCGAAGCUUUCAGUCAGUCUGUGAGCAACAGCUGGCAAACCGUGGCGGACCACGUCAAGACCACCCAGUUCACCGUCAAAGGUCUCCGUCCCAACACCAUCUACCUGUUCAUGGUCCGAGCCGUCAACGGCCAAGGCUUGAGCGAUCCGAGCCCAAUGUCUGAACCUGUUAGAACACAAGAUAUAAGCCCCCCAGCCCAGGGAGUGGACCACAGGCAUGUGCAGAAAGAGCUCGGAGAGGUCAUAGUUCGCCUGCAUAAUCCCGUUGUCCUGAGUCCCACCACCAUUCAGGUCACAUGGACAGUGGACCGCCAGUCCCAGUUCAUCCAGGGUUACCGGGUUCUGUACAGGCAGACGUCCGGCCUUCCUUCGCCGGGGGCGUGGCAGACCCAGGACGUGAAGGUGCCCUCGGAGCGCAGCGUCGUCCUGUCGUCACUGAAGAAGGGCAUCGUUUAUGAGAUCAAGGUCCGGCCGUACUUCAACGAGUUUCAAGGCAUGGACAGCGAAUCGAAGACGGCGCGGACCACUGAGGAGGCUCCCAGCGCCCCCCCUCAGCAGGUAACCGUCCUGACGGUGGGAAACCAGAACAGCACCUCCAUCAGCAUCUCCUGGGACCCCCCUCCACCCGACCACCAGAACGGCAUCAUCCAGGAGUACAAGAUCUGGUGUCUGGGGAACGAGACGCGUUUCCACGUCAACAAGACGGUGGACGCAGCCAUCCGCUCCGUGGUGGUGGGCGGGCUGCAGGUGGGCGUGGUGUAUCACGUGGAGGUCGCCGCCAGCACCAGUGCAGGAGUGGGAGUGAAGAGUGAACCUCAGUCUAUAAUCAUCGGGAAAGAGUUCCGGGACGUGAUCAUACACGGAAACCGGAACAACAGCAUCACGGAGCAGAUAACGGAUGUGGUGAAGCAGCCGGCCUUCAUCGCCGGCAUCGGAGGCGCCUGCUGGGUCAUCCUCAUGGGCUUCAGCAUCUGGCUCUACUGGAGGAGAAAGAAGAGAAAGGGUCUGAGCAACUAUGCAGUUCAGUCCUUCACCUUCACCCCUGCAGUGACGUUCCAAAGAGUCGACGGCGGUCUGAUGAGCAAUGGAAGCCGUCCAGGCCUGCUGAACGCCAGUGACCCGGGCUACCCCUGGUUAGCCGACUCCUGGCCGGCGACCAGCCUGCCCGUCAACAGCAGCUCCGGAGGACCAAACGACUUGACGAAGUUUGGUCGAGGAGAUCUCCCCACUGGACAGGGAGAUAAAACGGGCACCAUGCUGUCGGACGGAGCCAUCUACAGCAGCAUAGACUUCACCACCAAGGCUAACUACAACAGUCCUGGUCAAACAUCCCAAGCCAAUCCUUACGCCACCACUCAGAUCCUCCACUCCAGCAGCAUCCAUGAGCUGGCUGUGGACCUGCCCGACUCCCAGUGGAAGGCUUCACUUCAAGCUAAGCAGGAAAUGGCAAACCUGGGCUACUCCCUGCCUGACAAGAACUCCUGCAACAACACCCUCCUUUUCAUUCCCGACUACCGAUUGACCGACGGAUUGUCUAAUAGAAUCCCACACAACCAAUCACAAGAUUUCAGCACCACCAGCUCUCACAACAGCUCAGAGCGAAGCGGCAGUCUCUCAGGUGGAAAAGGAGGAAAGAAGAAGAAAACCAAGGCUGGAUCUAAACCUCCUAAAGCUAAUGGCUCCAACUGGGCCAAUGUUCCCUUGCCCCCUCCCCCGAUUCACCCUCUACCCGGCACAGAGAUGGACCUGUAUCCCAACGAGCACCAUGACGGCGGAGGGUAUGAGAAUGACACCUGGGGCCCACCCAUGCCUGUGCAGACGUACCUUCAUCAAGGCAUGGAAGAUGAGCUGGAAGAAGAGGAGGAAAGGGUUCCCACGCCACCCAUCCGAGGAGUGGCCUCCUCACCGGCUGCCGUCUCUUUUGGACAGCAGUCCACAGCCACCCUCACCCCGUCUCCCCGGGAUGAGAUGCAGCCCAUGCUCCAGGCCCACCUGGACGAGCUGACCAGAGCAUACCAACUGGACAUGGCUAAACAGACAUGGCACAUGCAGGGAGGCUCUCUUCCUCCCCUGGCACCAGCUCCGCCAGUGGGCUAUGUGUCGAGCACAAUGGUUUCCGACCUGGAGACUGACCUGCAAGACGAGGAGGAGGAGGAGGAAGACGAGGACGAGGAUGAGGGCUACGGAGCCAAGCAUCCCCGUGGUAUGGAGCACACACCAGGGUCUAGCAUGGACAACCUGGACAGCUCUUUAACAGGGUCCAUGGUGAAUGGGUGGGGCUCGGCCUCGGAGGAUGAGCGUAAUUUUUCCAGCCAUAGAUCCAGUCUGGGCAGUUCUUCCGAUGGCUCCAUCUUUACCCACUGCAGCUUUGCCCAGGCCCUUGUGGCUGCUGCAGACAAGGCAGGCUACCGCCUUGAGGGAACCAGCCUCAGCAAGAGAGGUAAAGGCUUGUCCCACAGGCCCCGUCCCAGCAGUCCGUUUUCAACAGAUGGCAGCACAGUCGGCACACACAGCUUGGGCCACCAGAGGGCCACCAGGCCCACCCGCAAACCACGAAGUCAAGGCACAACACCUCACCGGAGAGACGCUGGUGCAGACGACCUACCUCCCCCCCCUGAGCCUCCUCCCUGUCAGGGCCAGGGCCGCAUCCAGGGGACCCGCAGUGUAAACAGCAUGGCACCACCCACGGACAGGAAGGCUGCGUCUCUGGAGCGCACGCCCAUGUCAGGACCGCUCUGUGGGCCAGACGACAUGAAGAGCUCUAUUGACAGACAGAUGCGAACCUCUCUGGAACAUCACCGCCAGGCCCAGGACCGGCUGGGCUCCAUGGACCGGACGGACGAUGCCCGCAGGUGCCACAAAUCAGAGGAUGGGUGUGUCCCGUACAGCAAGCCGUCCUUCCCCUCCCCCGGGGGCCACAGCUCCUCUGGGACGGCCUCCUCCAAGGGGUCAACAGGGCCGCGCAAGACCGACGGGCCGCGGCAACCACAACAGUGGACCGCUACGGAGCAUGCCGAAUUUCUGGGGGCCAACGGACAUGGAGAGUUAUAGUGACCCUCCUGGGCUCCCGUCAGGGUCAAUAAACGUUCUCCUCUGACCGGUGUGUUCUCAGAGGGGAAGGCGCGCGGCGGCGGAGGGCGCCACAGCGACGAAGCAGUUUCACAGAACUGUACAUGUGAUGUAAAGUCACAAACAUACUGUACAUCUCACAAUGGUUUUGUCCUCGAGAAAAUAUUUUCCACCACCUACCUUACUGUAAUUUUCUUUUUGUUAGAAAAAGGCAAGUUUAAAAAAGGAAAAAAAAAAAAAAGGAAACAUCUAUGUGGGGGGGGAAACUUUGUUGUAUCUACCCUUCGGGAAAAGGGAAUUUUGUUUCCUGUAAAUAUUUUCUUUGCCAUGUUGUUGCAUUGCUAUGCAAACCCGAUAGAGUUUAAUUUUUUUUUAUUUUUAUUUCCAUAUACAAUAACAGUUGGGUUUACCUGGUUAUUUGUACUAUAUGUGAAUUAAGUGGCUUUUGUGCCAUAAGAUAAUUGUUUUUCUUUAAUCCAUUGUUUGUUAAUAGCUACCAUUAAUUAUUAUUAUUAAUAUGAUCAUUAUUAUUAAUAUUAUUAAUUAUUGUUUUUUUUGCACUGCAAUUUUUGGUGAUAAGCACAAAAACAUAGCUCCUGCUGACAUGAAGAACCGGAAGAAUAUGUGAAGAGGAGUUUCUGUACUGUAAAGUAAAGAGAAGAAGAUUAUAUUCUAGUGUACAGAGAGAUAUUAAAGAGUCACGCUUUUCUCACAGACAGCAUCCAUUUCUACAGUAGAGACGAACCGAGUGGCAGACGCUAGUCCUGAAGGCGCGAGGCAGAGCUACAAGGCCUGGGAACGGAUCCGAAACGUUGGUUAGCUAUUAAUUUAUUGUUCUUUUUUUUUUUUUUUUAAGUUUAUGGUUUAGUGCCUAAAUCAUUUUACAAAGAGGAUCUCAUGCUCUUACCCAGUAUAACCUGAAAAUUCAAAAAAUCAAAUCAAAUCAAGCGGUGAACUUUGUCUGGAUGCUGACAUCACGUCAUAGCACAAAUACGGUUUUAUUUUUAUCAUAUUAAGUUACAAACGCAUCUAAACCUCCUUCAAUAACUAAAUUACACCGUUUACAUUUUAUUCGAGCUGAUUUUGUUUUACAUUUGCUGUUUUAGCACUUUUUUAAUCACUUAAUCUGUUAUCACCAAUCGUAUCAAUGAAGAAAACAUUUAGUUUACUGGGAACAGCCGAGUUAUUAAUGUGGCUUAUGUGGGAAAGUUGGUGACUCAGAUGUGAAACAAAUGGUCGUUGGCCCUUGCCUAGCAACACUUAUUAAAACUGAGAGUGAGCUCAAUGCACCAAUGGAAGUGCUGGGACACACCCAGUUCAAUGUGUCAACUAUAAACCUAGAUUAAACUGUCUUCACUGUCACUGGUGUUUCAAAAUCAUAUUUAAAAUAAAUUAUGCUUAACCUGGUGGGGAGGCGAGUAAAGCCUGGUGGCCCGCCAGGCUUAUAAUGCACAGGGGGAAAGUCAGUGAGCUAUAGAUGGAUUAGAUCAAAUUGAUUUGUCUUUAAAGUCCCCUAUUAAAGUCAGAAAUGAAAAAAGGGCAAAGUGGCCAGCAUCCACAACAAGUACGAUCAGUAAAGUCUUGUCGGAAGCUUUUAUUUAUUUAUUCUCUUAUGGUAACUGCUACACACUGCACAUCUUUAGGGUAGAGAGCUGACGAAGCAAAGGCCUUGUAUGUUAGUCAGUGGCUCCACUGCCUUCAUGUCUACAGCCACAGUGGGAAGCAAAAAAUCCUUUCUUAUUGACCCGACUGCCACAAAAACAUGCUCGUAUCAUUUACCGCUUUCGACUUCACAACAUCAGAUUUUUUUAGAUAUGAAUCUUUUCCAACAAAUGUCCUUUUUGGAAGCUAAGCUUGUUUCUUUGUAUGCCUUUUAUGGACUCCCAAAACGCUGCUUACAACAAUGUUUUUCAAUUGUAAUGUUCAGGAUUUUUGUGGUUCAACGACUGUUUGUUUUGUCUUUUUUUGUACUGCUAAUGUUGAUAAAAAAAAAGGGGGGGGGUAGGUGAGUAGGGGAAACUAAAGGCCAUCAAAAUGCUGUUGUACUGUUGUCGUAACACCAUUGUCGUAUUUUAUUUUAUUUUGUAAGGAUACACCCAGUGGCCAGUGUUCUGGGAAUGAGGUGCAGAGAGUAUCUCAGGUUAUUUUGCAUUCUGGUGGUGUUUAUGUAUGUGUAUAUAUGUGUAUAUAUCCAUACACAUCUCCACUUGAUUAUUCCAUUCCUUUUUCAUUAAUAAACACUUUCCAUCCCAUGUUGGAAUCUGUUAUACCCCCAUUUUUUGUCAUUAUUUUCAUUACUUUUUAAUUUUCUGCUGUGGACUUUGAUCCCGAUGUGCUGGUUCAUCCAACUUAAAGACAAGAUGUCAGUAAAAGAACAUACCAAAUUUGAAAUUGAUAUUUCUAACGUUCGUGUCUUUAAUACUCAAUUUUCUUUUAAAUCACAGUGUCGUUUUGUAUUUAUUAAAAUGCUAAUAAAGGUAUAUUGUGAAAUAUGCAUAAAAUUUGUAAGAUAUGAAAUGUGUUUUCUUUUUUCUUUUUAACUGUUACCUUUGUUCCUUGUGAACGUGUGUGUCGGAGCUGAGCAGCGAGGCCGUUGAGAGGUGAUGUGGAGACCGUGCUCUCAGCACGGUGAUACGCCGGUCGGUCGUCAUCCAAGUCGCUCUUCGUCUUGCAUGUUCACUGCACUGCUCUUCUCGAGUCGCAACGUUUCGACACGGGGAGUAAAAACACAAUUUGCUCGUCAAGGCAAAAGAGAAAAUGUCUUUCAAAGUGCUUUACCUCUUUUUGUUCAUUUUCCUAAUAUUGUUGGUUCUUUGUAGCCUAUCUGUGUCUUUCCUUUUUGCUAUAAAAGCAGAUUAAAAAUGACAAAAAGUGAAAGUUGUUGGGUGAAGUCUUUCCUGUACAGCAUGGGGUGAGGUAACACUCCAACUCCAAGGCCAUUUCUACAGUACGGUUCUCCUUUCUUGUUUUUUUUCUCCACCUCUCUGUACACCUCCUCCUGUAUCCACUUGCAUGUUCUCCGAAAAAGAGAGUGAAUCAAGAAAAUAAACUCCUACAGUUUAGUUCUGAUGACCUGUAAAAUAAGUCCAUCUUUUAUUUCCUUGUACCUGGAUCAAUAUCAAAUAAAAAUAUUUUUGAAA